CUCAUCACCGAUAAUCAUUCACCUGCAUGGGCUGCAUACAGCUGUCUAUCAGUGCUGGGAUGCAUGUCUGGAUAUCCGAUUAACGUGCGGAUACAAAGCACCAAUAGUGGACCAGAGGAUUCAACAUUUGUUUUUGCUUUUUAUAUUAUACCCUGAAGUUUGGGUUCUGCUGUCUCUUAAGACGGAGGCUCCCAUAUCCUCUCUCCCAGUCCCCCAUUCUUAACCACUCCAAAAGCUCGCAAGCAUAUUUUUCGACUUGCAUAGCACCAUUUUUACCAACAAAUGCUUACCUGAGGAAAUUUACUCCACGCACUGUGUCUUUAUCUCUUUAUCCAGGACCGUCUAGGUACCCCCCUAUGUCCAGCACAGCAGCCUCAAUGGAUGGGCCCUUGGAUAACUUAGGGUCUCACCAUUUCGCAUUGCUCUACAUUGAUGAAAGUGGGAAAUUGCGCUUCGAGGCCUCUUCAUCAGUUGCGAACGAUUGCCACGGCAUACUGUCACCUGAGGUAACUCACUCAUUCUUGAAGGCAGUUGCUGUGUCUGAAGACGGAAUGAAGCUUGCCAAUUCUUCCGAAGCCAAUUAUGAAACCCAGAGUGGGAAAAGCGCAUCGUCCCCGGAUUCGCCGGGGUCCCCUAACUUUAGUCGUAGAUCCUCUAUUUCCCAGCUUAUUGACAACAAUCAGAAACGAAAACGGGCGUCGCACGAGUAUGUGCUACCAAUGAGCAUAACAUGCUACCCGCAAACACUUCUUCCGAUCAGGAACCAAAGUCUUCUCCGGAAGUAUUAUGAAAAGGCGUUUGAUAGUCUACAGCAGACCAACUGUCGCAUUUUAGCGAAAGCCUAUAUCAAGCUUGUGGAGCCACGAAAACAAGUUAACUACCCGUACAACGGCCGCAAGAACAUCGCCGGUGUCCCCAACCAAUUUGACCCUGAGGAAACAAAGCCAGGCUGGUGGCCUGCUGGCGUUAUCCAUCGCGAGCCAGAUCACCUCCGCAAGCCAGAGAGGAUUCGCCUCCUUGUGCACAUUUUGUGUGAACUCCGCGAGAGUCACUCAAUCUGUGUCGACAAUCUCAAAGAAGCAGACCAGUCCAUCCGUCGCCAGAUCGCACCCAUUGAGCGUCUCCAAGUACUAGAUGAAAUCUAUCGGGUCCGUGGAGAAGAAGAACGGUACCUUAAUGGCAACUCUGACGGACAAGGAGUUGUAAGCGUCUCUCGCGUACACCUUCCCGAUAUGGCAGAUCCCCAAGCAUCGCUUUAUUCGCCUGUUGGCUCUAUCCUCGAAUCCGAUAACACGUCUCGUGACGAUGUACCCGACUUGGAGUCUCACACAUCUGUGUUCCCGUCCUCAAACAUUUCCGCUAGUAAUACCUCAUUCAACCGGCAGCAAGUUGAUGCAACUUCAAACGCCGUCCCUCCAGUCUCCGUUCUUCCCAGCGCCAUUGCUCCAACUACAUGGGAUGCAUGCCAUUCCUCAAUACCAGUAUCUACGUCACUACCGCCAAUCAACCCCGCCAUGAAGCAUUCCCAUUCAGACCCAGCCGCAGCCCAUUACGGCCUUGACUUUUCUACAUCGAUCUUCCCGCACCACGAGCCAAUACCGGCCUUCGCCAUGCAAUCAUUUCCCAUGGAGCCCUACGCGAACCUUCAUCCACAUAUGGCCUCUCAUAUUCCCCACCAGAGUGGUGAGCAUCAAAACCAUCCGCAAAGCCACGCCACGGUCAUGCCCCUUGUGCGCACCCCAGGGCCUAAUUUAAGCGGCUGUCCUCCUUACUAUUUUGACUACUGAACUUUCUCUUUCUUCACAUGUACAAUACCUAUACUGUCUUUUCUUAUGAAACCCCUGAUUUUGAGCGUGGAUUGGAGCAUUUCCGGGAGUCUUUAGAUAAUUUCUUUUGUUUCUGUCUGUUUGUCUCUCUCUAUGGUUUCUGUAUAUAUAGCGUUUCGGGUUCUAGAGGGAGUUGUCUGGGAGCAUGUUCUAUAAUUGUGGAGGAAAAGUUGUGUUUGACUCUAUAGGUAAAGAUAAUCAUCAUAAUCGCUAAUUCUAAUGAUACAUCUCACCACAGUCGACAAUCAAAUUUGUGGACUAGGAACA